AUGAGGACCAACAUCUCUCUUCCAACCCUCACGCCAAAUCCUUUCUUUGAUCAAUUUCCCGAAUUUGAUUAUUGCAUCUACAAUCCCGUCAGCAAGGAGUUCUAUCGUCUUGCUGAACAGCGUCAUUGGAAAAAAGGCUCUAAAACCUGGAAGAAACGGUGGAACGCCUGCAUGAAUGCGGAGUACGACAGGCUUAUUGGAUCACGCACCACUGAUCUUGAAACUUGGCAAAAGCUGUGCGGCAAACUCCAGAUCCAGGGUGACUUGGCCUCCAUCAGAAAGUGCAAACAGGCCAUAGCUACUGUCCAUGUGAACAUUGUGGAUCUCUUAGAUUGCUGGGAUGCGAACAAAUGCCCCCCGAAAUUUCAGAACCGUAAACAGCUGACGGAUUAUACGGCCCACCAUGGACGAAUCCUCAGCAAGGCUAUUGCCAAGCAGGAUAAAGUUCUUCGCGCUCUGCUCCGUCGACUUGUGUAA